AUGUCUGAACAACAUUCUAUGAACCCUUUUGAACACUCCUCCAUUCCUGAAAACAGCACUUCUGCCCAAAAUGCUGCUGAACAACUCAUCCAGUCCUUGAACGCUGAUCAACUCGCUACUUCCUCCAAACAUUCUACCUCUAGCAAGAGUUCUGCUCCUUCUUCCACCACUGACGCUGUAGCUCCCGCUCCUACUGCCGGCACUGCUCACCCCGUCAUCCCCGGUAGCAAUACCGCUUCUGAUUACGACGGUAUUCCCGGCACUCCCUCUGGUCCUUUCUCCGGCGCCCCCAAGCACCACGGUGGUAACCACCAUCAUCGUUCUCAUCCUCACCCUAAGGAUCAACACCACUGCCCUGCCAUGGCUGGUGGCGGCCCUUUCACCAAUCAAUCUCAACAAAACGUCGAUCCUGAAGUCGCUUCUGCCUUAUGGCACGUUCUCACCUGGAAGAACGUUUCUUGCAGUUUCUCUACUUUAUUGAGCAUCCUCGCCGUCUUCUUCAUUCCAGCUUGGAUUAACAUCCCCCGUUUGUUCUUCCGUACCAUCCGUUAUGUCUUCUUGAUCACUUCUAUCAUUGAAUUUGGUGGUCUCUUUGCUUCUGGUGGCCGUCGCGGCGUUUUGUCCCCCUUCCGCAACAAAUACAUCACUUGCAACACAAAGUCCAUCGACUGCUUUGUCAACUCCCUUAUCGAUGUCGUCAACGUUCUUCUCAUCCAAUUCCAACGUGUCUUGUUUGCUGAGUGCCCUAUCUUGACUUUUGCCGUUGCCAUCGGCGCUUUCAUCGAAUACUUCCUUUCUGGUUUCCUUUCUUACAGAGGUCUCUGUAUCUGGAAUGUUCUCUUUGCUUUCACCCUCCCCAAGUUGUAUGAGAUGAACGAAACUGCCAUCAAGCGUUUGGUUCACUCUCUUGAACAACAAAGCCACAAGAUUAAGCACGAGGCCGCUUCUGCUACCUCCUCUUCUCAUCAAUAA